GUUGGGCAACCCCGAAGACACGUCUCCCUCAAAGUCCAAACGAACGAGACACGACGACACACGAGCGCAGGCAGCAGCACGCGCGCACCAGCGAGGCAGCGAUCGAGAGCACAGCGCGCGCAUGGCUGCCGCCGCCGCUGCCACGCCGUCGGCCUUGGCUCCGCCGCGCCCGCGUCUCCUCUCCUGCCGACCGCCGCGCAGGAGGGCGGCGCCGCUGCCGCGGUGGACCGCGUCCGCCUCCAGGAGCGGAGCGCCAUCGUCGUCGAUGGACGGGACGGUGAAGGCCGGGAGGAGGCCGGGGGUGAGGGAGUACGUGGAGGCGGCGCGGGAGAUGGCGCGGCGGCCGGACGGCGGGCCGCCCAGGUGGUUCGCGCCGCUCGAGUGCGGCGGCGGCGAGCGCGUCCCCGGCGCGCCGACGCUGCUCUACUUGCCCGGAAUCGAUGGAGUUGGCCUAGGGCUGAUCCGGCACCACGAGAGAUUAGCAAAGAUGUUCGACAUGUGGUGCUUGCAUAUACCCGUCCAAGACCGUACCACCUUCCAAGGACUUGUCGAGCACGUGGAGAGGACAGUGAAAUCAGAGAGCUCAAGGGCACCCGACAGGCCGGUCUAUCUUGUUGGAGAAUCCGUCGGAGCGUGCAUUGCUCUUGCCGUGGCGGCGCGGAACCGAGACGUCGAUUUGGUGCUGGUCCUAGUCAACCCAGGGACAUCUUUCCACAGGUCACAGCUGCAGUCUCUCUCAGCACUCCUAGACUUGGUCCCUGAUCCCUUCCAUUCAAGCACUCCACAACUCCUAAAUUUUCUCACAGGCAGCUUCAUGAAGAUCUCGUCGAGAUUCGGUGGAGCUGGUCAGGCAUUAUCGGAGGUCGCCAGCGGUUUGUUGCCUUCUCUCAUGUAUUUGGCUGAUAUUUUGCCGAAGGAGUCCAUUGUUUGGAAGAUGAAAAUGUUGAGGACAGCAUCGUCGUUUGUCAAUUCUCGCUUACAUGCAGUCAAAGCCCAGACCCUCGUGGUCGCUAGUGGAAAUGAUGAACUUCUGCCAAGCCGCGAAGAGGCUGAAAGACUACGUGGCACGCUAAAGAAAUGCAGAGUCCGCCACUUCAGGGAUAAUGGGCACAAAAUCUUGUUGGAAGAUGGAUUUGAUCUAGCGACAACCAUUAAAGGAGCCGGAGACUAUCGCCGCUCCAGGCAGACAGACUAUGUUUUAGACUUUCUACCGCUGAGCGAUGAUGAGCUCGAAAAGGCGAUCGAUCGUGACAGGCUCCUGACUUUUGCCACUGAUCCGGUGAUGUUAUCGACACUGCCUGAUGGGAAGAUAGUGAGGGGAUUGGCAGGGCUGCCAAGGGAAGGCCCUGUCUUGCUUGUUGGGUACCACAUGCUCAUGGGGUUUGAGCUUGGACCCCUGGUAACAGGAGUUCUGAGGAGUACUGGAAUCCACAUACGCGGGUUAGCACAUCCAUUCAUGUUCAACGAGAGUUCAGAGCAGCUCAUACCGGAUUCGUCGAACUACGACCUCCACCGGAUCAUGGGUGCGGUGCCUGUUACGGCGGUGAACUUUUACAAGCUCCUUUCAGAGAAGCAAUUCGUUUUGCUGUAUCCGGGAGGCGCGCGUGAAGCUCUUCAUAGGAAGGGCGAGGAAUACAGGCUAUUUUGGCCUGAGCAGUCUGAAUUUGUGCGGAUGGCAUCAAGGUUUGGAGCAACAAUAAUACCAUUUGGAGUGGUUGGAGAAGAUGACAUAUGUGAUAUGUUGUUAGACUACAACGAUCUUAUGAAGCUCCCAUUUUACGACAUCCUUGACAAGAAGCUAAAUGAAGAAGGGUUAAAGCUAAGGACUGAUUCUAUGGGAGAGAUAAAGAAUCAAGAUAUGCAUCCUGUAGUGCUGACGCCAAAAAUGCCAGGAAGAUUUUACUUCAUCUUUGGGGAGCCUAUUGAAACAAAAGGGAGGGAGAAGGAGCUAAGAGACAAAGAGAAGGCCCAGCACCUCUAUUUGCAUGUCAAAUCUGAAGUGGAGAGCUGCAUCAAGUAUCUGAAGGAGAAGAGAGAGGAGGAUCCCUACAGGAGCAUACUGCCCAGGCUUCUAUAUCAGGCAGCUCAUGGUUCCGAUGCAGAAAUACCCACAUUUGAACCAUGAGGCUGAGAUGGGCACGUCCAGAAUACCAUUAGUUAGGAUCCAAACUAAUUGUUUACAUUGUUCAUGUUAAUCAUUUAUACACACAGUUAUUUGUAAUUUCAGUUUAUUCAAAUUAGAAGGGUCAAUAAAUAUUAAAAACUAAGUUCAGAACUGUAAAUUUCUAUGUGAAGUACAUUAGUGGAUUUACUAAGCUAGGUAGGGGCUCUGAUUCCAAAUAAUGACUGAGUGAAGGACCAGAAGCUUUUACAGUCACUAAAUGUUCUUUUGUUAAUAUCUACCGGUAUAUAU